AUGAACAAUUAAAUUAUGUUUGAAGAACAGACAAAAGAAAUUGCAGAAGGAUUAUUUACUACUAUUUACUCAAGGAAGCAAUAUCCUCUCCAGUCUAGAAAAAUGAUUGUAAUUGAAGACCUAGAACUGACAAGAUACAGGACCUGGACAAGUGUGCCAGCUGACCCAGAACUGAUAAGACACAGGGCCCAGGCAAGUGGGCCGGCAGUUGAUUCUACAAGCAGUUUUGAUCCAAUUGAUAUUGCCAUAUUACUGAGAUCCAUAAGAGAUCAGUACAAAGCAGAGUUGGAUGGCCAUGUGCAGGCAGUUAUUGCAGAGGAAAGCGUAACAAAGAUAAAGAAAUUUGGAGAAGUAACAGAAUCUCUCAGCAGGAAUUGGAUCAGUCAAACUCCUGGGCUAGAGUCUGAAAGAGCUUUUCUAGCUGCUGCUGUGAAGUUGUUUGAGAAACUUAUAAAGAAAACUCAUAGAGAUAAGGGCCAGAUAAACAUACUCACAGAAACAAUCAAUGGAAAUCCUGAAAUGAGAGGCUAUGUUGAAAGACAGGGUGGUUGGGGUAAUCUUGGAAGAAGUCUAAACAGCCCAUAGUUUCUUGCUUCCAAUGUAAAAGACUCAUCUGCUAUUUUGGAGGAAAUAGAGCUGGAGAGUUGCUUCAAAUCUGAAAUGGAACUGCAAAUGAAUUGAAAAGGCAAUUCUGUGAAGAAACAAAAUAAAUUUAAUUAAUUUAAAAAGAAACUCAUAAUAGCUUGGCUAUCCUUGUAAUUAAAUUGUCAGUCAAGGAAUUGGAUAGAUAAUUCCUGCAGCCACAAUUCCACACAAUACAUUGCACCAAUUUACAGUCCCUUGCUUUAGUAGAUCAUCAAUUCCUUGGUCCUAGUUAUUAAUAUAUUCCUGUUUCAUACAAAGGAAAUGUCUAUAUUUGGGAAGACUGGAGCCUUACUUGCAUCUUAAUUUCCUGAGUUGUUAGUUGGUGUCACUUUUCUAUAUAUAAACAUUUGCAGGAUAAAA